GCAAUUGCGCAGGAGAGCAAGAUGAAGACCGUCUGCGUGAAGGCGCGCACGGAGAAUCAUACCUUGGAGUCCUUGAGGUUGAAGGGGGAUGCCUACAGGAAGGCGCAAGAGGAGCUCAAGGUGGCGCGCCAGCUUGCCGAGGAGCACGACUCGAGCCAGUUCGGCAGCCCGAGCGGUGCCCAAGCGGCUGCUGGGUCGCAGCUUGGUGGAGCUGUUGCUGUUUCGGCUGGCCCGAUGCUGAACCCGACGGCGAUGGCCUGCUCGCGGACCGUCUUCACGGGCGAGGGUGGCCGCGGUGUGCCGAGGACCCCAGGAGCGAAGCCCCGCACAGCCAAGUCGGCGGUGUCCGAGGCAAAGAAGUCCGAAGUGGAGGAGCUCGUCGAUCGUCGCAUUGCCGCUCUGGACGUGAACAGGUGCUGGUCAGGCGUCGCCAUGGGCCGCGAACUUCGCUGGGCCAAGGAGUCGCAUGCGAGCAUCAUGGAGUCGAAUCCCACGGUGCAAGAUUCAGAGACAGCGGACAAACUACGUGAGCACAUCUCGGUCUGCGACGCGAUCUGCGGGCUCGUCGAGAAGCCCAUCGCGACCGUGCCGAAGCAAACGCUCGAGGACCUCCUCUGUGCCAUCGAGAAGGGCGACGAGGAUAUGCCGAGCAAGUGGAAGAUGGACGUGCUGAAGCUGAAGGUUACAGAGACGAUCAAGUUGCCCGACAUGGACAUGAACGAUUUCUUUCACAUCAUCGCGCCAUGGGAGGUGAGUCAUCCAUAUGGCAACGUUGACUACAAGUUCAAGCCGGCGCGCCCAAGGGUCAUCACUUGCGACGGUAGCGUCUCGGACAAGAUGUCCAGUUGCGAAGGGUUCUUUUCGGAGGCGCUGGCCUACCACAUCCAGGCUGGCAGGGGCGGGCAGUCCAAGCUUGUCGCGUUCUGCAGCACGUGCCUCGACUGGCUCGACGACAAGUGCCCUGACGAUGAGACCUUCGACGAGCUCGUUUCGUCGAUGACUACGCGCUUGCAAGCGCUGCUGUGCAUCGCAGACCCCAUGUGCCUGGAGUACAGCGACGCGCUCACGACAAUGACGGAUGCCAGAUCGUCGGAGCUUGGGAAGGUGUGCUUGCGCCACCUGAACUUGGCCGUGAAGCGCUCGACGCACUACACUGCUCUCAAG